UCUAGGUCGAAGCGCUAGUGCCGGGAAGCCGGACGGUGGAGGUUUUAAAUUGAAUUGUGGCUGAGCUCCAGAUCACGGAUCGAGUGGGGAAAGCAAGAGAUCUCGACAUCUCUGUGAGCGGUGAGUUGUUUUGGGGGGAGGGAAUUGGUGUAUGAGGCAUUUGAUUCGACAGUGCGCUUUUCUGGCACUCUCACUGAUGGUGUUGGGAUUUAUAAAGCAGUGUUCUUUGUUUGGCGCUUCCAAUCUCCAGCGGCAAGCAUCAGCAAGUAUCUCUAGGCAGCAAAUCCUUGCGAGGUCGAUCCAGAGAAGCGCGGCAGCCAUGGCGUUUAUAAAUCCCAGACAAGUUGUCAAGAGGAUUGUAGCGCACGAGCAGCCAGAGGGAGAUGGUGCGGUUGUGAGGCGGAGCAUCGGAAGACCCGAGCUGAGACAACUGGAUCCAUUUCUCAUGCUCGACUACUUCACAGUUUCUCCACCAGCCGGAUUUCCUGAUCAUCCCCAUCGAGGCUUUGAAACGGUCACGUACAUGCUCGAGGGGGCUUUCACCCAUCAGGACUUUGCGGGACACACAGGCACUAUUCAAGCUGGUGACUUACAGUGGAUGACUGCUGGCCGAGGCAUUGUGCACUGCGAGAUGCCCGCUAGCACUGGUGUACAGCGUGGUCUCCAGCUUUGGAUCAAUCUUUCCUCCAAGUUUAAAAUGAUCGAGCCAAACUACCAGGAGCUUGAAUCUGGAAACAUACCAGUGGCUGAGAAAGACGGCACCACUGUCAAAGUCAUAGCCGGAGAAUCAUUGGGCAUCUCUUCGCCAGUCUACACUCGCACUCCAACCAUGUAUCUCGACGUAACCAUGCAACCGGGUGCCAGCUUUGCCCAGGAAAUCUCCGAGGGAUGGAACUCCUUCGCUUAUACUCUGGAAGGCAGGCCAACUUUUGGAAGCAAAGGCACGCCACCGAUCGAGGCUCACACGACGGUGGAGCUGAGCCACGGAGACGGUGUCAUGGUGUGGAACGAUUCGGACAAAGCUUGUAGGUUCGUGCUCAUCGCCGGGCAGCCUCUCAACGAGCCCGUGUUCCAGCACGGCCCCUUCGUCAUGAACACGCGGGAGGAGAUUAUAGAGGCGAUCCGAGACUACAAAGGCUUUAGGAAUGGAUUCGAGAGGGCUGCUCACUGGCAGUCCCAUCCUUUGGAUUUUUGAUGGGUUACUGUUUUAUAACCAAAGAAUGAAGUUGAAAGCCAAUAACUACUUUUGGGACCUUUUACA